UGUGUGUUAUUCCUUGUACGCUCGAGAGAGAUAGCGAGAGAAAAGGGGGCUUACCUCGACUCGGUGUGACGUCACGAGCUUCCCCGAAAGUCAAAACAAGCCUUGAUGCGGUAACGGUGCUUCCUCGCAUACUCCCUCCUCGGAAAUCCGUCAAAAUGAAGAUUCCCCCGAUGGGACUCGGAACGUAAGCAACACAAGGACAACCGACAUAGCACGUUACUUACUUAAACGAGCGAAAACUGCAAAAAAAAUAUAUAGCCGGAGCCGAGAUCGCACCUGCUGCUUCAGGCUGAGUCACUGCCGGUGAGGAGGAAGGUCUGGAGAGGGAACAGGAGAGGAGGAGGUGGUGGCGGCAGCGGCGGCGGCGGAGGAGGACGACGACGAGAAGAAGCGAAGCGGGAGGGGAGAUAAGCCACAGCACGAAGCACGACGACACACACACGCACAUUGAGUGUUUGUGUCGGUGAGUGAGAAAGCGAGAGACCACGUGAACAAAAGGGCGAACGGCGAAGGAAGGAAGGAAGGAAGGAAGGGAGGGAGAGUGACGCGAGGCUGGGAGAGCCACCCCCCCCUCCUCCUCCUCCUCCUCCACAACCUCCUCUCCUCCCCUCCCUCUCGCUCUCUGUGGAGCAGGCGUGUAGCGGCAACACACUCGGCGUGGAGGAACCAUGAGCGAUGUCACCGUCGUUAAAGAGGGAUGGCUUCAGAAACGGGGUGAAUACAUAAAGAACUGGCGGCCACGUUACUUCCUGUUAAAGACGGACGGCUCUUUCAUCGGCUACAAGGAGAAACCUCAGGACGCCGACCUCCCCUACCCUCUGAAUAACUUCUCUGUAGCAAAAUGUCAGCUGAUGAAGACGGAGAGGCCCAAGCCAAACACCUUCAUCAUACGCUGCCUGCAGUGGACCACCGUCAUUGAGAGGACGUUCCACGUGGACUCACCCGAUGAGAGAGAUGAGUGGACAGAGGCCAUCCAGAUGGUCGCAGACAAGCUGCAGAGGCAAGAGGAGGAGAGGAUGCAGUGCAGCCCCACCUCCAAUAUCGACAACAUGGUGGAGGAGGAGAUGGACAUCUCCACCACGCACCACAAACGCAAGGUUGUAACAAAUACAAUGAGCGACUUCGACUACCUGAAGUUGUUAGGAAAGGGAACCUUCGGUAAAGUGAUUCUGGUCCGGGAGAAGGCCAGUGGGAAAUACUAUGCCAUGAAGAUUCUGAAGAAAGAAGUUAUCAUUGCCAAGGAUGAAGUGGCGCACACCCUCACGGAAAGCCGAGUACUGAAAAACACCAGACACCCUUUUCUCACCUCAUUGAAGUAUUCAUUCCAGACAAAAGACCGCCUCUGUUUCGUCAUGGAGUAUGUGAACGGGGGCGAGCUGUUUUUCCAUUUGUCCAGAGAGAGGGUGUUCUCCGAGGAGCGGACGCGCUUCUACGGCGCAGAGAUCGUGUCGGCCCUCGACUACCUGCACUCGGCCAAGAUCGUGUACCGGGACCUCAAGUUGGAGAACCUGAUGCUCGAUAAAGAUGGCCACAUCAAGAUUACAGACUUUGGCCUCUGCAAGGAAGGCAUCACGGACGCCGCCACAAUGAAGACUUUCUGCGGCACACCGGAGUACCUCGCACCUGAGGUCCUGGAGGACAACGACUACGGACGAGCGGUGGACUGGUGGGGUCUGGGCGUGGUGACGUACGAGAUGAUGUGCGGACGCCUGCCCUUUUACAACCAGGACCACGAGAAGCUGUUUGAGCUCAUCCUGAUGGAGGACAUCAAGUUCCCGCGCACGCUUUCAGCCGACGCCAAGUCGCUGCUGUCCGGCCUGCUCAUUAAAGACCCCAACAAACGACUUGGUGGGGGACCAGACGACGCCAAGGAAAUAAUGAGACACAGUUUCUUCACUGGAGUUGACUGGCAGGAUGUCUACGACAAAAAGAUGGUUCCUCCGUUCAAGCCUCAGGUGACCUCGGAGACGGACACCAGAUACUUUGAUGAGGAGUUCACGGCCCAGACCAUCACGGUGACGCCACCAGAGAAAUUCGACGAGGACGGGAUGGACUGCCUGGACAACGAAAGACGACCGCACUUCCCGCAGUUCUCCUACUCUGCCAGCGGCCGGGAAUGAACUAGUCCCCCCGACCCCCACCCCACUCCCCGGUGACAUCAUCACAGCUGGUCUAUGAGGUCAUCAGUGUGGGAAGACAUCCAACGACAAAAGAGAGACCCACACUCGCGGACUGAACAACCCUCCCCUCGUUCCGGGGAAGGGGGGUGGGUUGCCAUUCUUAGCCCCGCCCCUUUGCUCUUCACCUUUUUCCAGCCAUCUCGUUUGGUUUUUCCGAAUGGAGCUUGUUUGCGGUACAAACGUCCAGUUAGCAGUUAGCGCUAACAUCGAAGUGGGGGACUGCUGCGCUUUUGACACGUCUGCCGAGCCUCCCGCGCCGUGAUCGUAGUCAAGGAGACGUUGUGUGGCCGGUCGAGCCCUCAGCGGUUGUAUCUCAGGCUUUUUGCACGCACACACACACAUAUGAAUCAUUCUGGGAUCGACUGAGGGGGUCUGGCAGUGAGCAAAAAAAACCACCUCCAGCAGACCACAUGUAGGCAGGAUUUGACUCAGGUUGUGCUCUGUGCAAUCCAUUCUCCUCGUUGCUGCUAUUCCGACAUCCACCACUAGGACAGGAACACCAACCCAGACUACUGCUAAACACCCGGUGCUGCCCUCCCGGCUUCAACGCUGCAGGACAUCCAUAAUAACGCAGGCGCUAGCAGCGUGUCGCCUAUGCUUGCAAACUUGCUGCUAAUAUGGAGCUACGACACAUCAACAUAGAUUUAAAAAAAAAAACAACAAAAAAAAAACGGAUGUCAUGUUUGUGCCAGUGAGGAGGCUCGAGGAGGUCAACGAAAGCGCAGCAGUUCCCAAAAACGUCAUUUAGCUUUACUACGUACGCCACAAUGCAGUCAUUGAUUUUACACUUUGAAUGUUGUCCCGAGGAAAGCUUUACUGUGACUGCAGAAGAAGAAGAACGCUGCUGCUGCUGAUCUUGCAGGAGAGCACGCAGCAACGCCACGGAUGGACGUGUACAGGUUUAAGAUGCUCAUCCUCAUUUAUCGUUGGUCAAAGGUACGCAGCUCCACACCUUUCUUCUUGCACGUGUCCCUUUUCUAUUUGGAAUACAACCAUUUGUUUAGGGCUCAGAAACUACACACAAACUACUAAAUGGCUGAAGAAUGUAGGAGGUGUAACGUUUAGCAUUACCUCCACCAAGGAUUAUUUAUCAUUUAUUUAUUAGUUUGUUUAUCUCUUUGUUUGUGUGUUUGUGUGUGUGUGCAGGACCUCCUGCUCCAUGGUGGAGGUCCUGUCCACUAGAGGGUGCUGGGGAGCGCAGACCUCCACCAAGGCCUAAAAAAAGAACUCGUUUUUCAAAUGACAGCUCUUUCUUUUUGUGACACCACCACAAAAAAGGAUAGUGAUGAUAACCCUAGAACCAAAAAUGGGACUGUUCUGUCCUGGCUGCUCAGUAGAAUGAGCACAAAAAACAUUCUCUUAUGCAAAUUAGCUACAAGCCUCUCAGUUAUUCUGUCCAGGCAGCUCAGUACAAAUAUGCCUGAACAGUAGUAGAAUACAAAUUGUGAUAACACAAUGCUUAGCUUCUUUUUGCACAUGAAAAAUAUAUUCCUAUGUAUAGUUGAUCAAGCUUUCAUGAAGGCUGUUUUUGAGUUUGUACUUUAGCUGGAGUGGCCUUGGUGGAGGUCUGGGUUCUGGGCAUGCUCAUGUUUUUUUGUUUUUUUUUGUGUGUGUGUUUUGUGACCAAACUGUGACAACCCGCAGGUGACUGGAGACGUUAAAGAUAGACGUAGAAAGUAAGCCAUUGAUGAGACAUUCCAUCAAGGUGGUCUGACCGGGAAGGUGGGGUGCAAGUAGGAAUUGGACGGAAGGUGUGUCAGGUAGGAGGAAGGAAAGAAGGAAGGAAGGUACGAAGGUAGGUCAGUGUUUCCUGUCAAAACAUUCCAGGUAGGAAAAGAAGUGUGAAGCUGCGGUGUGUGUCUUUAACGCUUCUUCCGGUGGGGUGUAAAUAGUGCGUGAUCGUCUUCCAGUGUGACCACCACCAUGCCCCCCCCCAAAUCAUCAUCGUUUUUGUCUUCACAUGCCAGGAAAGCCUUACGGUUUCACUCCAAAUAAGAAGUUCGAGAUUUUAUGGAUGAGGCAGUUGAAAGUAGAGUUGGGGGAUGUUUGUUAUUUAUUCUUCUUAUUAUUUGAAUGUCGCUGUAUGAUCUUUGAUGGAUAACUUGAAUUUAUUUUCUAAUUUAUUCUUUUGUUAGCACCACCGGGUUGUUUGUGUGUUCAUCCUGCAGUCGAAGUCCUAAGACUUCCUUUUAAAAAAAGAAAUGCAGCCUUUUUUUUUGUUGUUCUUUACAGAUACGUAUGUCACAUACAACAUAUGACUUGUUUUUACUGCUGCUCUUUUACAUACAUUAAACUAGCAAAGGUCAACGUGG